UUGUUCUUUAUACGUUUCACCUCCUUUAUUUUGCUUACAUAAAUAAUAUGUUGUUAACUACUGGUUUGGUGGAACAGAUAGUCUUCUAGCAAUACUGCCUGUAUCCCAAUUUUGAGACGAUCAUUGUUUUGGGAAUAGUUAAUUACGCAAUUUCAGAUUGAUCCAAAUUGAAUUGUGCUAGGUUUUGGAUUCCUUUUUCAAUUAAUAGGAAUGCAGCAGGAUUCAGCGUCGGAACAGGAACCGGACGAUUCUGAAUCUGAACCUGAGUUUGUCGAGCUCGAUCCCACUGCCAGAUACGGCCGGUACAAAGAGGUUUUGGGAAAAGGAGCUUUCAAGAAAGUUUACCGAGCAUUUGAUGAAUUGGAGGGGAUUGAAGUAGCUUGGAACCAGGUUAAAGUGGCUGAUCUCUUGAGGAAUUCUGUGGACUUGGAGCGUCUGUAUUCUGAAGUUCAUUUGCUUAAAACCCUCAAGCACAAGAAUAUCAUAAAAUUCUACCACUCGUGGGUUGACUCAAAGAAUGAGAAUAUCAACAUCAUUACUGAAAUUUUCACUUCUGGGACUUUAAGACAGUACCGUAAAAAACAUAAGAAGGUUGAUGUGAGAGCACUUAAGAAUUGGUCUAGGCAGAUAUUGGAGGGUCUCUCAUAUCUACACGGUCAUGACCCUCCAAUUAUUCAUCGCGAUCUUAAGUGUGAUAACAUUUUUAUCAAUGGUAACCAAGGGGAGGUUAAGAUUGGUGACUUGGGACUCGCUGCAAUUCUUUGCAAGGCCCGUGCUGCUCAUAGUGUCAUUGGUACACCAGAAUUCAUGGCGCCAGAACUUUAUGAAGAGGAAUACAAUGAGCUAGUAGAUAUCUAUGCCUUUGGUAUGUGUCUGCUGGAGCUUGUGACUUUUGAGUAUCCUUAUGUUGAGUGUGCCAACGCUGCUCAAAUAUAUAAGAAAGUGACAGCAGGAAUUAAGCCUGCCUCAUUGGCAAAAGUGAAGGAUCCAAGUGUUAAAACCUUCAUAGAAAAAUGUAUCGCGGAAGCUUCUGAGCGAUUGCCUGCUAAGGAACUAUUGAUGCACCCCUUUCUCCUUUCAGAUGAGGAUUCUGGAAACGUAGGUCGGUCUUUGAGCUUCAAUUCCAGACAUGCAGAUAUAAGUGAUGAUCACUCAGAUAGUGGAAAAAGUACAAAGGACCCUUUGCCCGAGGGAGGGAGAGAUUUCACAGUGCAGGGCCAAAGGAAGGACCUAAAUACAGUAUUUCUGAAACUUCGAAUAACUGAUUCAACAGGUCAUAUUAGGAACAUUCACUUCCCCUUUGAUAUUGAAGUUGAUACGGCUAAUGCUGUUGCUAGUGAAAUGGUCGAAGAGCUGGACCUGACAGAUCAGGAUGUUUCAGCAAUAGCAGAAAUGAUUGAUUCUGAAAUUCGGUCAUACAUCCCAGAUUGGGCACCAAGAGAAAACUCUAAUCACAUUACUGAUGAAGUUGCUUCCGAUAGCUGUACUUCUGGAGUCCGAGAUGGUGUUUCCCCCUUAACAAUUGAUCCUGCUCAUUCGGGCAGUCUUGUGUUGGAAAGACUUCCUUCAGGUAGAACGUACUGGUCUGAUUCACCAAAAACGGCCAGUAAUGCCAGCUCUCCACUCAGACCAGGGCCUUCAAACACGUCACAGACCAAUUCACCAACUCGUGAAAGUAGCUGGACAGAAGAAAAUGAAGAAUCACAUGUCAUCCUGAGAGAGGGACACGAAGAUUAUGAAACUGAGGCUUACAUGGAUGAUGAUGCCGGUGUUCACCAUGAUUCUGACUUUUGUGACAAUGAUCAUUCUGCGGAUUCUAGUUAUGCAAGCAGGCCUCAUUCAUCAGAGGAAAGAAAUAACAUCAUCAGCAACAACUACUCAGCUGAUAUCAGACAAAUCGCUGAGGAACUCGAGAAGCUGCAUGAUCAGCAGCAAAAGGAGCUAAAUGAUCUCAAGAAGAAACAUCACUCAGUUAUCUCAGAUCUUCUAAGCAAGCUUCCUCCUGAGGUCCGUGGCAUUUAUGGUCACAAAAUAUCUUCCCAUAAUGGUUGCUGCUCUACUUGUCCUGAAGACUCAAGUUCCUCUUUAAAGAUGUAAGUUGCUGAACCGUGAGUAAUUCUCUGAUUGUACCAACGACCUGACUUACCCUGAAAGGUUUCAGAAAUAUUCCUGAAUGCUGAAAUUUUUUAUUGUUGCUGACAACGGUCACGUGCAAAAUUGAGAAACUAGAGGGGAUAAGCAUGGACCUAUCUUUAGAUGCAGAUUCAGCUCUGUCAAUGUUAAUCAGUUCAGGGUCAGGAAUUGAGGUAAUAUUGAAAGAGGAGACAGGGAAGUCAUUCAUCGGAGAUUGGUGGCUCCAUUUGCUUUCUAAGUUACUGUUUAAAGAGAUACAAGUUUCUCAUUCGCACGAGUAUGUACGAUGCAGUGCAGCUAAAAACAGGUCCUUGAAUUGCAUGGAAUGUAUACUUGUACAUAUUUACCUGAGUAUUUAGCUUUUGGCAAUUGGUUGA